AUGGUGUUCGCGAUUGUUGCGGGUGUGUUGAUCAAUGACUCAGCGAUGCAUGUCAUCCUCCAGCCAGAGCAAAUCAUACAGCCGUCUUUAGACAUCACCAUUGGUGUGCUAGGCGUCGUCCAAUCCAUCCUUGUCGGAGUCAUCUUGGUCGUACGGUUGCAGGCAGUAUAUCCACCGGAUCUGGUUAACCGUUUGCACCGUGUUUGGGUACUGGGGAUCCCUAUAUUGCUGAAAGUGGCUCGCAUCAUCAACUUAGCCUUAUUUAUCAAAGCCCUCAGCGACGACACCAACAAUCGCGAUACUGCACUGCAAGAAAUCGCAGAGACCUCAGCAAAGGCACCUUACCUCAAGAUAGAAUGGUUCAUGGAGCUGUUCGACAAUGACUGA